AUGGAUCCAGAGGCUGCACGAACUGCCCGGGAAUCUCUGGACCUGUUAUUUCAUAUGUCAAACAUUCUUGAGACCGGGCUUGAUCGUCACACGCUCUCUGUUCUUAUUGCUCUCUGCGAUCUGGGUCUGAACCCUGAGUCACUGGCUGCUGUAGUUAAGGAGCUUCAAAGAGAAACUCCUCCGUCAUCUUCCUCCUCCAUGCCAACAACUCCCGUAAGGGAUAAACUAUAUUCGAGCAAAAUGAUCUUACUUUUCUCUGCUUCAAUAAUGGGGACAACUUUAUCCAGGAAACUGUGGGUAUCCAGCAAUGAAUAUGAAACUUCCAAUGAAGUUGCACCAAGAAAACUGGAUUCAUUUCUGCUGAAGCUCCUUUCAGGCUGUCUCCACCAUUCUGUUGGGGUAUCAUCUCCGACGCUGAUAUCUGAUGGCCAAAAUUCUGAAGUCAAUGCAGAGCUCGUCCACAGGUCUUCCCCAAGUUUUCUGUUUUGGCCUUUAAGCCACAAGCCAUCCGUCAAGUCAGAAUUUAGAGUGAACAAAAGCCCUGGUUAACACACUGUAAGACAUGACAACACAAAUCUUAUACCAACUUUCGUUGCAUUCAUGAAUUGUGAGCGUUUAACAUUUGAUAGAGAUGUGUGUAGAUAUUGAACCUAUACAUGAAUGUAACUUCUGUGCUUGGGUCACAUAUUAUUGUGUAGAACUAGUAAUUGUAGAUACUUGAAGAUACAGAGUAAUAUAAAAAUUUAUAUUGGCACAAUAAUUUAAAAGCUUA